AUGGCGAUUGGUUCGGGCUGUGAUGGGGGAGACAUGAUCAAUCGCAAGAUCGAUUCAAAUGAGAACCGAGGAAAGUUGACUGCGACUGCGACAGCAGGGGAGUUCCUAUCUGCUGGUCACGCCUAUAUUAUAUAUGUCCUCCACGCUACUUCCGCUUUUGGCAAUGCUCUGUCUGGGGAUCGAAGCGGCGAUUUUCCCAAGCUUUGUUACGAAGAUUCCCUUGGAAUCAACGCCGAUGCAGAGUUGGGUGCAUCGCCGACCGACCGAACCGAGUCGGCUUUGGAGGGUCCACCCCUCGAAAUUCUCGCGCAUCCAAACGCAGACGGAGCAAGGCGCCUUCUCGGGCCCUGGAAUCCCCUGAUCCACGAACCUGCGAUCGGCAGCGCCAUCUGGAAUCUCGCCAAAGUCCUGAUCGUGCAGGCCCGGCUACCGCCCAACGUGCGCGAAGUGGCUAUCCUGACCCUCGCGGCCCAUUUCAGCGCCGCCUACGAGAGGUAUGCGCAUACCACGCUGGCCGAGCCCGUGCUGGGCGCGGCCAAAGUCGCCGCUCUCUCGGCGGGCCGUCGACCGCCGGAUCUCAGCGCGGAGGAAGCGUGCGCGUUCGAUAUAGCCAAGGGAUUGAUGCAGGGCGGGCCUCUUCCAGAGUCGUUGUAUUCGUCGGCAGUUCGUUUCUUUGGGCCGCAUGGGGCCCGUGAGCUGAUCUUCCUGAUCGCGUUUUAUGGGCUUGUGUCGGUGGUGCUGAAUGGCUUUGAUGUGCAGGUCCCUGAAACGGCCACUUCUAUCACUGAAAAUAAACUGUAA